UGGGGUUUCCCAGACCUGAAUGCAGGGUUACCGCGCCCAUCUCUGCUGUUUGAUGGCCGGAGGAAGAAGCGACUGAGAUCCUGGCGUGAAGGAAGAAAAAGAGGGACGACGACGGUGGGAAAGACGAGAAGGGAUUUUGUGCUUUGAGUUGGAAUUUGUGUUGAGACGGAGGAACGUUAAACCGGGACUGUGACACGCCUUGUCUGGGUGAACACCGUCUUGUCUCUGCGCCUCUGUGCCGGUGUGUCUCCCCCCUCGGCGGGUCAAAAACUGGGUUCGGGGAGUGCCGCUCCUCGGUGGCUAAACAAGCUAAAUCUGAGCGCCUGGGCGGAGAGAGGAGAGGCAAGAGUUUGCUGUUUCCAGUCAAUGUGAUAUAAACAACGGAUACCCUCGAUUGAAAGCGGAUCAGCAAGAGUCUAGGCGGCGGAGCGAAGCGCACCAUUAGCUGAGGAAAAUGAGUGAACUGGAUCAGUUACGCCAGGAGGCUGAGCAGCUCAAGAACCAGAUCAGAGAUGCCAGGAAAGCGUGUGCAGAUGCUACCCUGUCUCAGAUCACAGCUAACAUUGACCCUGUUGGCCGAAUUCAGAUGCGCACUAGACGGACACUGAGGGGGCAUCUGGCUAAAAUCUAUGCCAUGCACUGGGGCUCUGACUCGAGGCUUUUGGUCAGUGCUUCCCAGGAUGGCAAGCUCAUUAUUUGGGACAGCUACACCACAAACAAGGUCCAUGCCAUCCCGUUGCGCUCCUCCUGGGUGAUGACGUGCGCCUAUGCCCCUUCUGGGAACUAUGUUGCCUGUGGUGGCCUGGACAACAUCUGCUCCAUCUACAACCUGAAGACCCGUGAAGGAAAUGUGCGCGUAAGCCGCGAGCUGGCCGGACACACAGGUUACCUGUCCUGCUGUCGCUUCCUGGAUGACAACCAGAUUGUCACCAGCUCUGGAGACACCACCUGUGCUCUGUGGGACAUUGAGACUGGCCAGCAGACAACUACUUUUGCUGGUCACACCGGCGAUGUCAUGAGUCUCUCGCUGGCGCCCGACACCAGGCUGUUUGUGUCUGGAGCCUGUGAUGCCUCGGCCAAGCUCUGGGAUAUCAGAGAAGGAAUGUGCCGACAGACUUUCACUGGCCACGAGUCGGACAUCAACGCCAUCUGCUUCUUCCCUAAUGGGAAUGCAUUUGCCACGGGCUCAGACGACGCUACCUGCCGGCUGUUUGACCUGCGUGCUGACCAGGAGCUGAUGGUUUACUCACAUGAUAACAUCAUCUGCGGCAUCACCUCUGUCGCAUUCUCUAAGAGUGGCCGCCUACUGCUGGCUGGCUAUGACGAUUUCAACUGCAACGUCUGGGACACUUUGAAGGCCGACCGUGCAGGUGUCCUGGCCGGUCAUGAUAACCGGGUGAGCUGCUUGGGUGUGACUGACGAUGGCAUGGCAGUGGCAACAGGGUCCUGGGACAGCUUCCUCAAGAUCUGGAACUAGAGUCUGAAGAUGGCAUCCGGACUCCAAAGUCGAGUGGAAGACCAUUCCAACAUCACGAUGUUCAAUUUUAUUGCAUAUCCAAUCUUUUCGAAAACACACCAUGAUACUGACUCCAAACACCCCCUCCAAAAAACUAUCAAGGGCAAAAAUUCUCUCUCUCUCUCUCCUUCUCAUUUAAAAGAGCACAAUUGUCUGUCACUCAUUAAGCUACAAAAAAAGAAAAAGAAAAAAAAAAAGCUCGGGGAAUUUUAGUGCUUUCAGAGUGGAACUGAGGGGAAAAUUGUGCAUUCCUCCUACGACCAUGGUCUGGUAUUGUUAUAACUGAAAAUACAAAAACCCCACCACCGCUGCCACCAUCACCACCACCAUCACCAAGCAAAAUGUGUCCUGCGUCCUCAUUAUGCACAGGUCUGAGUGAAGGUUAUUACAUGGCAGUGAUCUAACUCUUGAUAGCUUUUUGACCAUGUUUAUUUUUGUUUCUUUGUUUUGUUUUUCUGUUUUGUUGAAGAGGUAGAUCAGUGAACUGUCAGUUAAUGUUUAAAAUGAGGAUCAAAGCUUUUAUUUCCUAGUCUUUACACAUUUUUAGAGAAUGUUUUUAAGUUGGGGAAAAAUAAAAGAACCUCCAGAUCACGUCAUUUUAAAUCCAGCUUUAUCCCACCGGAGAACAAAGCGAGAGAAUUCAGCUUCAACAGGGAGUCCUCAAAGCCACUUCUGGCCCUUCUGUAUAUUUAGCCCCGUAAAACUUUUACUGUCUUUUGUUUGGGUUUUUUUUGUUUGUUUGUCCCACACCACCCCCCACCCCUCAGUGUAGUCCACAAAUCUGUUUGCACAAAAAUUAAACUUUGCAUAUAUAAUGUCUAAAGGAAAAAAGUUAAUUAACCAAGCACAUGCCGUUUAUGAUGACGAAUGCUCGUUUUUAAAAUGGAAAACAACAACAAAAAAAAGAAACCCAAACAUUUUAACCAUUCUUACACCUUUUUGUCUGGCAACAAUGUAGAAUAAAGAUUAACCCAUCAGAUCAUAAUCCACCCUGCCCCUCGUUUUGGUUUGGUUUGGUUUUGGUUUGUUUUCUGUUCAUCCCCUCCCCUCCUUAUCCUUUGUUUUUUCCCUGGUUUCUGUUGCCCGUGGUUGGGACCGGUGAUGUGAUUUGGUCAGGUAGAGAGUACCUCCACUUUAGCCCGGUUGCAAUCCGGACGUUUUCUCUUUUAACAGAGGUGCCCAUUCCGUGCUUGGAAAUGCAGUUACUACUCUGUGAAUGACAUGUUGUAUAAAUCAAUGUUUGAAAAUAAUGAUAUUGAAACUUUUUAAGUUAAAAACGAAAAAAAAAAAUUUUGGUUGUCUGCCAUGGGUGGGUUAUCUCUUAGAAUCGCAUGCUGUAGAAUUGCUUAAAAGGUGCAUAUGAAAUUAAGUCCUUUUGAUGUUUUUCUUUGAGAAAAUAACCUGUUGAAUAUAUCAAUGCGAUGGUAUUUAUAUUUUUCUUUUUCCUUUUUUUUUUUUUUUUUUUUUUUCUUCCUCCUUUUUGUUUUUGGCUACUCCGUGCAUACACGAUUCAACUAAAAUGUCAAAGCUAUGCACUCGAGAAGCAAACCCUGCGACAUUAACGGUUACUUGGUCCAUACUUGGGAGGGAUUCCACAAAAAUUAAAAAGUACCGUAAAUGUUUAAAUUGUGCACACAUGCAUACGUACAUUCAUUCACGUAAACAUACACAAUCUCCAAUGGAACAAAAUAAAAUUUUCAUUCCUUCUGUAGCAAACGAAAUUCCAUUUACAAAGGAAAACAUUUUAUAACAGGUUUUUUCUGUCCUUUAAUAAAAAAAAUGAAAAAAAAAAUCUUGCAGCAUCUGAAUGGCAGAAGUUUCUGUUGUUCCCUUCUUGUAAACAAACGCUCUUUCUUUAGCAGUAGUGACAUUUUUUUUUCCAUUCUGUUUUUUCUCUGCGACAUUCUGUACAAAAAAAAUGUGCUGUAAUUGUGCGUUAGGCCUGGAGUUGGCAAAAAAUAAAACAAAAUAAAAAAAAUAUUACAAAUUAAUUAAAUUCCCUUUCCUUUUCUCUCUUUCUCUAUCAAAUAACUGUAGAGCUCUGCACCCCCACUGUUCCCUUUUCACCUUUUGUAUUUAAUUUUAAAGUCAGUCAGUGUACAACCGAAAGCUGGAUGCAAGAUAGAAACUAUAUUAAAAUGUACUGUUAUUUAAGAUGUAAUAAAAAGCAGUUUGAGAUGACCUACUGUGUUGAGUGUGAUUCACUUAGAGCGAUUCCCACUGAAGCUAGAAUGUUGCAGACUGUUUGGUUUCCUUGUAAUUAUGUUCAAGUCAAUAAACAAUUUCUUAUCCACUGUUGAA